AUGCUGGCUGAAACCCCAAUCUACAUGGAUAAUUUGGGUGAGAACUUUGUUUUGUGCCACUUUUUUCUAAUAAAUUUAUUGGCAAGACUAAUUAGUGUAUAUUCUGGGAAGAAAGAAGAUUUUUUAAAAAUUAAUGCGUGUUUUAAUAAUCAUAUUGUUUUAGUUAUGCCAACGGAUUCGAAGCCGAGUAAUUCAUUUUCGAAUUCGCCGGUUUCCGAUGAAUCCAAUUGCCUGUCGCGACCGAAUGUCUCGCCAGAAUUGGAGCUUCCAGUGGUGGAAGAGAAGCCAGGUAAUUGUAAUUUGUAGUUUUAAUAUUUAAUUUUUAGAAGUUAUGCAACCUCCGCCAACAUCAAAGAAGAAGUCCCAGAAGCGGUCGAUUGUGUGCGAAUUCGAAGAAGAAGGAAAACCUCAGGUAGGCAUUAUUACUUAGUUAUUUAUAUUUUUAGUGUAAACAACGGGCUAUAUUGUCAUAUCGGUACUGUAUCAGGCAUAUUUUGAAUGAUCUCGAAGCUCCAUACAAAAGAUGCGAAUUCAUAAUUAGAAACAAAAGUAAGGUUUUGAUGCUUUACAGAAUUUAAACCUUGAAGAGGAUGCGAGUUUUAAUACUUUCAUGAGUUUAAUUAUAUUUAAAACACAAAACUUCUUUAUUUUAAACAUUAAGUUUGUUUUAGGUAAUACACAAAACUUCUUGUGUAAAAUUUAGUUAUUUUAAGUAUAAAAAUAUUGUUUAGUUCAAUGUACAAAUGCCAUCAAAAAGGACCUGAACAGUAUAUACUGUAGUACGCAUUUGAUCAAACGUGGUGAGAAAGAAGCCAAACGACGAAAAAAGCCGGAGCCGGUUGUCGUUCCGGACAGCCAGAAUUCGAUCGGAUCUAAUGUAACUUCGCCGAGUCUGCAAGGUAGGUUAUCACAAGUUUUUUAAUUUGUUCUUGCUUUUUUAGUUCUAAAUUUUUGUUACCUAAAUUAUUUUUUUGCUUAAAAUUGAAACGUUGACUUCUUAGUUAAUGUAAUUUUUAGACGAUGUCCUGAACUCGUCUUUCGAUUCGCUAGAACAAUCUAAACCCGUGGAACCUAUCAACUUUAUCCCAAACAGACCUGUCAUUCGACCAGUCGAUAAUGGAUACCAUGUUGAUCAGUACCCUCAAACUUCUCGUGGAUUCGUAUCGGAUCAACGUAUAAUGGAGGUGGACUCUCAUGGUCAUCCUCUGCCGUACAGUGAGAUACGAAGAGCGUACGAACAUAAUGUUGUACUGAACAAGUUCAUGCCCGAGAAUGGAGUACCAGUACCAAGAGUACGAAACGUGCAAUCGAGAAAGUGUCCGGUUAAACUCAUGAACUGUAAAGUAGCCCCGGUUUACUACGAUUCGGCGAUAUUAGAUGUAGGAGAAGAUAUGGACGAGAUAGAGAAGCUGAAACGAGACUACCUUAACGAUACGACGGCGGAAAAGAGUACCAAACCACAGAAGAGGGAGAUUCAAUUGGCACACAAGUGCAGGAACAUCAGGAUAAAGGGAUCGUUCCGUUCCAUAGGGCUUAUAGACACAAUGUGCAAUCAAAUAGAAGGCAUGGACUUUGACAACGCGGAUCUCUUUCCUUUGGGUGAGUUGGGUACUUAAAUUAUCUAAUCAAAUUCAUUUUUGUUUGAUCAUUUUUGAAAACAACAUACAUUCGAAACUAGAAUUUUAUGUUUGACAGUUUUUAAUAUUGUUUAUCAUAGAAAUUUAAAUUUUGUUUUGAAGUUUACGUAAUUUUAAUGCAACUUCAGGGUUUGAACCAUCUGACAGUGAAAGCAGCUCUGAUGAAUCAAGUAUAGACCAGUACAACACGAUGAACUUGAAUCCCAAGGAUUACCGUCAAUGUCGUCUGGAGUUGUAUCUUCUGAAGAAACGACUAAAACGUGAAUCUGAAAAGUUACAGUGGAAUGCGAGGCUGUCUGUCAACGUGAUAGCGGCGGCACGGUCGUAUCCAGAUCAAGUUGGAGCAGCAUUCAAGACCAGAGUAACGACCAAGAAAAGGUACAAUGACACGAAGAGCUCCAGAAGCAGAUGCGGCUACACAGAUCAGACCACCAAGAUCAAGUGUGACAACAUAUCAGUGCCCCGAUCGUUGCUAUGUGUAGACCACAUUGGCUACAGCGUCGAACAGACUGCAUUCGUCUUCUGUUGUUCCCCUUGUUGUGGGAAGCCGGUUCUGAAGUUGCAUGCCUUACUUUUCAAUGGGAGGUGUGAAGAACAUUACUUUGCAGCCAAACAUCCGCCGGAUUCUGUCACAAGCAACGGCAUCUGUAAUGGGAACGGUGUGGGAAGCCUACACGACAUACCCAAAAUGAAUGGUCAUCAGAACCGAGGAAUGCACCACAACAACAAUCACGAUGAACCAAUAAGGAUGGCCGAGCCUGAUCACGACUCCAGCACUGAUCACCAGCUGAUCAACUCGCUGACCAUGGAUGACUUUAAUGUGACAGAUGGUAAGUUCUUUCGCUUUUUAGAUCUAUAAAAUAUCAGGUUAGUUAUAUCUAAAAUUUACAAAUAUUUCUAUUCCUACUUACAAUCUAAUUUUAGUUGUGGACGGAGAUGUGUCGUUGUCGUCGGUGGCCAACGAGCUCCUUUUCGAUAACCACGAACUUAACGACAUGUUAUCACAAUUCCCGUCGGUGGACGAUCCUCCUUCUGAAAGUGCCGGAGAUCUGGAUGGUAACGAUGAGCUUCUGAAUGUGUUUACAAGUAAGAGUCGCUUCCCUUUAUUGUUAUUUCGAGUUUUAGAUCCCGGCGACGACAGUGACGAAGCCAUGGGGCAUUCUUGGGCCGACAUCCACGAGUUCUUGAGGUCUGAAGGGUACCAAGCCGGCUCACCCUCUCACGUACACCCCUCCCCAGGUCAGUAA